AGCAGAACCUUGCGUACGCUUGGAAAUCUCGCGACAUCUGCGUGGAGCACUAAAGCGCCGCUGUGUCAACACCCCGCGCUCACAUCCCUUCUCAGCUGACGCUGCCUGCCGAGAAAUUCAGACUCCUGCGAUGAGACUAUGAUGAAUGCAGUCUGGGCUGUCAAUUGUGUAAUGGAGUUGAGGUGAGAAUGGCACUUUCUCAGUCAAAAUCGGCCAAAAUGGGAAAGUCGAGACUGUUUCGCAUUUUUAUGAUUGUGGGCGCCGUCUUCAUGAUCCUUCUCAUAAUCAUAUACUGGGAUGAUGUGGGGGCCUCUAAUUUUUACCUGCACACCACCAUCUCCGGGCCCCAUCCGUCCCGCCUUUCUCCGCAGAGCCGUCGUGACCCUGAAAAGAAAGUAGAGGAAGACAAAGAGAGCUCUUUUUUGACGGACAUUGAUGCUUUUGUCAACCAGUUUUUAGAGGGGACCGCAGACCCCACGGAACAAGUAAGAGGAGAACCGCCCCCUGGAGACCCUCACAAUCAGUCCUCUGAGAAAUCAGAGGAAAAAUUCGUCCCGAGGCGAGAGUGGAAGAUCCACCUGACGCCAAUUGACCCUGAGAAGAAACAAAGGCAGGAGAGUAGAAAGCAGCUGAUCCAAGAUGUUUGCAGUAACAGAAGUUAUUUUGACUUUCCCGGAAAGAACAGGACUUUUGACGACAUACCCAAUAAAGAGUUGGAUCACCUCAUUGUGGACGACAGGCAUGGGAUAAUUUACUGUUACGUUCCCAAGGUGGCCUGCACAAACUGGAAACGCAUCAUGAUCGUCCUGAGCGAGAGCCUGUUAUUGGACGGCGUGCCCUACCAAGACCCUCUAGAUGUUCCUCAGGAGCUCAUCCACAACAGUAGCCUGCACUUCACCUUCAACAAGUUCUGGAAGCGCUACGGAAAGUUCUCACGGCACCUCAUGAAAAUCAAGCUUAAGAAAUACACCAAGUUUUUGUUCGUCAGGGAUCCUUUCGUACGCCUGAUUUCUGCCUAUCGCAACAAAUUCGAACAAGAGAACGAAGACUUCUACAAAAGAUUUGCAGUUGUUAUGCUGAAAAAAUACAGUAAUUACACAGAUCCGCCGGCUUCGGUCGUGGACGCCUUUGCUGCUGGGAUUCGACCGUCUUUCUCGAAUUUCGUCCAGUAUUUAUUGGAUCCUAACACUGAGAAAGAGAUGCCUUUUAACGAGCACUGGAGACAAAUGUACCGUCUGUGCCAUCCCUGCCAGAUAAAUUACGACUUCGUGGGGAAGCUGGAGACCUUAGAUGAGGACGCUGAGCAUUUGUUGCGGAUUCUCCGCGUGGACAAUGUCGUCGAGUUCCCGCAAAGUCAUCGCAACCGAACGGUCAGCAGUUGGGAGCAGGAUUGGUUUGCCAACAUACCAUUGGAGUACAGAAAAGAGCUGUACAGGCUUUAUGAAGCCGACUUUAAACUGUUUGGAUAUUCCAAACCAGAGAAGCUGUUUAACGUGUGAUAUGCUGAUCGUCAACUUUACUGGGGUGCUGACAAGAUUUUCACAGCACAAUAAACGGCAAUAGGAGUUCCUGCUGCUUGGUUCUGAAAGUGCGGCUCUUUCACAUAAUGCUGUUUAUGAAGGCUCCUUCAAAUGAUUUGUGUCCAGAAGAUCAAUGUUUGGCUGGCUAGCAUGGUCGAGUUAAGUCAAGGGUGUUCAAUCCUGUUCUUGGAGGGCCACUGUCUAGCAGAGUUUAUCUCCAACCCCAGUUAAACACACCUGAACCAGCUAAUCAAGGUCUUACUAGGCAUACAAGAACAGGGGGGCCCAAACUUGAUGAGUUUAGAUCCACUUUGCUUUAACACACCUUCUGAGAAGUUUCCAGCAUGCCUAGUGAGAACUUAAUUAGCUGGAUCAGGUGUGUUCAGGACCGAGUUUGGGCAUCCCUGUACUAGAAACUUCAAGGCAGGUGUGUUGAGGCAAGUUGGAGCUACACUAUGUAGGACAGUGGCCCUCUAGGACCAAGUUUGGACACCCCUGAGUUAAGAUACCAUGACUGAAUCAUCUGCUUCCAAAAAGCAUCUUUCUCCAUUGACAGCUAAAAGUGUGGUGCCCCACACAUGACAUCAGUAAAAAAAAGAAAAGAAUAAUUUAUUUUCACAACUGAAUUUGUUUACUCAUUUUAGUAAUUGUGGCCGCGUUGUACUAAUUUGUUCCCUUGUUAAAUUGUAGCCACAAUUUAACUCAGUUAAAAUGAGGGAAUGAAUUAGUACAACCUGGCUACGAUUUAACUAAAACAAGUGGACAAAUUAAUACGUAGUCAUGAUUUAACUAAAUAAAAUGAGCAAAUAAUUUAGUAACAAAGUGGCCACAAUUCAAAAAUAAAACAAGUGAAUGAAUUAGUCCAUCAUGGCCAUGAUUUAAAAGGAUAGUUCACCCAACAAUGUAAAUUCUGCCAUUAAUUACUCAUCCUCAUGUCGUUCCAAACUCGUUUGUUCAUCUUCGGAACACAAAUUGAAGUAUUUUUGAUGAAGUCCAAGAGCUUUCUGACCCUGCAUAGACAGCAAAGUAACUGACAUGUUCAAUACCCAGAAAGGUAGUAAGGACAUCAUUAAAAUAGUCCAUGUGACUUCAGUGGUUCAACCUUAAUUUUAUGAAACUGCGAGAAUACAUUUUGUGCACAAUGCAAACAAAAAUAACUUAAUUCAACAAUUCUUUUCCAUGUCAGUCUGACGCACAUUCAUGAACCCAUGCGUGCGUCUUCCUCUGUUUGUGAACAAGGUGCGGUGCAUCCGGGUUCUACAUCAGAACACGAAAAAGAAGAAAGUUUUGAAUAAAGCUGUUAUUUUUUUCUUUGCACACAAAAAGUAUUCUCAUAGCUUUAUAACAUUAUGGUUGAACCACUAGCUAAGUUUCCAUCCACCUAUAUUUAAAAAAUGUUUAAAGUGCACAUAAAAAACAUAUGCGCUCAACUAAGUAGGACUCAUUUGUGAUCCCGUAAAACUUUUAAUAAAUUCCCUAAUCCGCAUCAAAAAAAUGUGACUUUGUUAUGGGACAGCAUAAAUGGACCAAACAAUGGACAGAUCUCAUUGCACAGCAUCUGAAAUGCAAGUUUUGUCAUUCUAAAAUGCUUGAGAAAAAUCUCAUCAAAGUACUUAGUUGAUUAGUUAUAAUCAACUCCCAGAACUGCGUUCCCAAACAGCAUGGGCCAAAAAUAAGAUGAUAAACUCUGAAGCUCAUAAUUUAUUGUAAACAAACAUUAUUAUAUACAGUGCCUUCCCCUAUUAGGAAAGUUCACUUUGAACGCAUUAUUUCACACAUUUUCUAGGGACGUCUAUCACCAUCGCACAUUUGUAGAAAGCUAUGUAAAAUUAAUGCAAGUUCAACUUUGAAAAAAAUAUAUCUCAAGACUUUAUGGUGGGUUUUUUCCUCCAUCCCACUGCAUCUCAUGUUUUUAAAUGAAAAAAGUACUCUGUGUUAUUGGCUUUCGGUUCUUUGUAUUAAACUCUUAAAUAUAUACAUGAUGCUGUUUUGUUUAUAGUUGUUAAAGCAACUUAAUUAUAAUUAGUUCAUAAGCAUUAUUUUAAACAUUAUGCACUUUUUCACAGUUAUUUUAUUGCUUUGAAUAAUUUUGCAUUAGUAAUAUUUUGCUCAAUGCACCCUCAUGUGGCCUCAGGAGAGAAGCCAAAAGCUUUUUACCUCAACUGAAAUUAUGCAUUUUAAAUUUGAAGACAAUUUGAAUUUUGAUAAAAAUUGUAAAAUUCAAAUUUAGUUUUUCAGCCACUUUAUUCGCAUAUGUUUUAUGCGAUAUUUCAAUUUUGCGUAUAAGUUAAAUUUAUAACUUUGGAUGGAAACAUAGCUACUUUGGAAAUUGUCAGUUGCGUUGCUGUCUAUGCAGGGUCAGAAAGCUCUUAGAUUUCAUCAAAAAUAUCUUAAUAUGUGUGCUGAGAUGAAGAAGGUCUUACGGACUUGGAACAACACAAGAAUGAGUCAUUAAUGACAGAAUUUUCAUUUUUGGGUGAACUAUCCCUUUAAUUAAGGAGUAUAACAAGGCCACAAAUUAAUACGUUUUUUUUUUGUGUGUGUGUGUGGCCAAAAUAUGUCAUUUUUUUCCUCCAUGUCUCGUACAUACAAAAAUAUUUGUAAUUCGCAAGUAUUAUAGUGGAUAUUUUUCCAGUGCCUUUUUUUCUGAAAUUAUAUUUUGAAUGCUCUUAAACGUAUACUAUAAAUGUGGUUAUUUGGAUUUUUUUCUGGUCUGCUGCCUUUUACGUCACGGCUCAUUAUAGUCACUAGAGUUUGAUGCAGUCAGCCAGUCAUCAUUGCCAUGAUCUUACAGCUCAGUUAAUUGGCUAAAAUCAUGCCGCAAGUAAAGAUGCCCGAUAAGUGAUGGAAAAAGCAUGAAAUACAUUGCUUACCAUGUUACUGGCUGCACUUCAAAAAGACCAGUACAACAAACUUGAAAUUUUACUUCUGUGUUAAAAUUUACCCUGUCCUGAGGGUAAUGCUGUAGCUUCAUGCUUUACAGACUGUGGUUCAGUGCGUCGGGGGAACGCGGAUGCGAGUCAUGUGAAAGAGCCUUUAGGUCUUUGUGGAGCUUGUGGGCAUUGAAGGUUAUACUGUAGUGAAUAUACAUUCCUUGCACACAGGUUACAUUUCCUCAGUCCAUUUCCCAGUGUCCCAUUAAAUGUGUUACUGUUAUUUGUAUGGACCUCAUGGACAAUUUGAGAGACAUUUUGAUGGUAACCUACUCAAAGAAGCCUGCACAAUUUUCUUUUUUUGAUAUUCUCAACAGUGUUUUGAAACAGAAACAAACUCAUCACCUCAUUAGUAUUAUUCUUAUAAUGUGGAUGGAUGUGAUUGAUGUCCCAGCAAGAGACUUUUGUCCCUCAGUUUUAAGUUGUAUAGUUGGAUGUUUUACUUAAAUAGCCACCAAACUAAAAUAUCACAAGAAAUUAAAAAUAAAGUAUUGUACAUUUAGCAAGUGCACAUAUUAGAGUAUUUUAGAAUAUUUUUGUAACCUUUUACAGUUAAAUGUGAAAAGUGAAGGCACUUUUGUCCUUAAAAAAAAGCUACAUAAUAUUUUAAAAUGCAAGCAACAGUUUUAAAUUGUUUUCUUUUGGAAUCGUAAAGGGAUCACUGCUUUUACAGCAGCUUAUUUUCUUUGACAUGGCAGAUUUAUGUGUCUGUUCAUUUUUUUAUUUUACACAGAAACCUCAGUCUUUGUUUCCAUGGAAUUUUUUUUUUUUUUUUUACACAUGGAUUUUUUCAAUGUUUUAAAGUAGUUUAUGGUCCUUUUAUUGCACAAAAUUGCCAGUGUUCUGCAUUGAAGCAAGUAAAUGGAGUAACACAUCAAAAAGAUAUUUCUUUGUAAUAGAGGCUGGAGUAUUCAGAUUAUGGCCUGCUCUUUUUGAGGAAAUCUUGCCUUUCAUCAUUUGGUCCUUUUAUUCUAUUAGUGUGUAGCAGGGACUGGAUGAGUCCUCUGAUCUGCAGCAUGCUAUAGAUGUUAGCAUGUGUGCCUUGCGGUCCUUCAUAAAUAUGCAUUUCUCAUGAAUAUUGUAGCAGAUUAAAUUUAGAGUUUUUUUGCUCUGUUAGGUUUAGUUAGAGGGUAAAAUAACGGCCUUGUUUGAGUAUCGUUAGGAGUAUAAAUGCAGGUACAGGGUAUUUAUUUCUUACUUAGCAAGAGUGAUUUGGUGUAAUUGCUUUAGUCCGGCGUUGAAGCACAAAUGUCAGUAUUGUUUAUAGUUUCUCCUCUAGUCACGAGUUGAACAUGGGCAUGUGCAAAAGAAUAUUUAAGGGUUUAUUAGGGUCAUUUUUACAGGUUUUUUUUUUUUUUAUAUCAAGAAUGUGUUUCAUUUACUUUCCAUCAUGUUUUUGUGCCGCAUUUUGCACAUUUGAUCACGUGUAUAAAAUCGAUCUCUAAGGCAGUGAGAGAUGGAAGGAUGGAAGAAAGUGGAUUAGAUUGUGUAUUGUAGUAGGGAAUAAUACUGUGGAGCACAAGUGUAGCAUGAUUGUUGUGAAAGUGACGGGCCAGAGGAAACGGGAUGUCCCAGUUCUGAAUUACCGCACUGUUGGGCCCAUUCGGUAGCAGUGCCUUUGGAGAAAAGUUUACAUUAAAAAAAAUAUUUUUGUAAGCGAGUCUCUGACUUGCAGUUAAAACAAUCAAAGCUCCUAAGAAAAAAAAAAAGAGUGUAGUUGUGCUUAAUAUGUGUUGCAUCAUGGAAAAGAUCAAAUUUGUGGCCACACUUAUGUCUGUGCUGUCGAGAUGUGUCAGAUCCAACUUUAUUAUUUCAUAAACCACAAGUUCUUUUACAUGGAAAAAGUUUUAAUACAUGUGUGUGCAGUUGCCUAUGCUGUUGAUUUUCUGUUUCAAGACGGGGAGCUGUUUUGUAUACAUUUGGUGCCACGUUGUACAAAGAAAGAUGUUAUAUUGUUUAGUGAUUGUUUUGAUGCCAAUGUUAGGAAAAAAAGUUUUUUUUUUUUUUGUUUUUUUUUUUUAACCUGGCGUACUUUUCAGUCAUAGGAAUUUCUUAGUUGCAUGAAAUACGUUCAGGAGAUCAUGCUGAGAACAAAAGGGAAACAUUUGUUACAUAAAAUCAGGUCUUAGCUUAAAAGUGUGUUCUUGACAUUUGGUUUGCUUUUUUUCCCCUUCGGGCAAUGUACAUAGCUCUUCUUUUAUUUAUUAUGGUAUUAUUUAAUGCUUCAAUUUCAAAAGAGAAAAAAGUUCAAUAAAGUUCAAUGCAUGGUGCAAACACUGUAAAA